AUGAUCACACAGUUCAUCACCGAAGUGAACGUUAAGUUCAACCCCUUCUCUGCAGCCUCUCGAGCCACCAGGCUGUUCUUCAACUGGCUCCCCGCCAAUGCCCGGCAGGCCGGCAUGCAAAUAAACACAAAACUCCUGCCGCGGAGUUCGACCGAGCCAGCCACCCUUCACAUCAAGUUCAAGGAUGGUAAGGAAAUGCAUCUCGACGGCGAGAUACUCGGCAUAAAAGGCAUCGUGGAGGAGGUCGAUCGGCAUUCACGAGCGUUGCAAAAACAGGCUGACUUGGCCGAGGGCUGA